AUGAACACCCACCCGUCCUUGCCUGUCUCUCUCUUGCCCGGGGGGAUAGUUGGGCAGGAGGAGGAACUGGUGCAGCGGAUCUCGGAGAUCUACGGCGGCAUCUCCAAGCUGACCUGCCUGAAGCCCUCCAUGGAGGUCAACCGCCUCUUCUCCCAGCUGGUUCUCCUCUGCAUCCCCCCCAACCCCAUCGACUGCAGCAAGCUCGCCGGCGAAGCCCAGGCCAUGCGUGGGAAGCUCAUCAGGCUCUGCGGCGAAGCCGAGGGCCUCCUUGAGAGCCACUUCUCCUCCCUCCUCUCCUCCCACGGCAUCCCCCUCGACCACCUCUCCCUCUUCCCCUACUACGCCAACUACGUCAAGCUGAGCCACCUCGAGUUCACCAUCCUCAGCCGGCAUGUUGACCGCCCCCCAUCCAAGGUAGCCUUCGUGGGCUCCGGCCCCCUCCCUUUGACCUCCAUCGUCCUCGCCAAGGACCACCUCACCGCCGCCAGCUUCCACAACUACGACAUCGACCCCGCCGCCAACGCCAUGGCAGCCCGCCUCGUCCUCCCCGACCCGGACAUCUCCAAGCGGAUGGUCUUCCAUACGGCGGACAUCUUGCAGGUUACCCACCCACUCCGCGAGUACGACGUCGUCUUCCUCGCGGCUCUGGUGGGGAUGGACCAGCAGGAGAAGGAAAGGGUGGUGGAGCAUCUGGCCCGGUACAUGGCCGCCGGCGCCACGCUCAUGCUGAGGAGCGCGCAUGGCGCGAGAGGCUUCCUCUACCCCGUGGUUGACCCCGCAACCCUCGUCGGCUUCGAGGUGCUCUCCGUCUUCCACCCUUCCGACGAGGUCAUCAACUCCGUCGUCAUCGCCCGGCGGCUGCCCGUUCCCGGCCCUUGCGCCGGCGACCCCCUCGUGCUACCGACCAAGUGCUCCGAUCUCGCGCCUUUCAAUCCUCUUCUUCUUAACCAUGGCGGCUUGAUGGAGGAGCUCACUCUCGAGGAGCAAGCUUCAUAA